AUGUUUCUUUUACCAGCAAAUGAGUCAAAUGCAGAUAAUAUAAUAUAUGAUAUAGGUGCAAGUAGUUCAGUGAUAUCAAAUAAAAAGAUUGUUCAAAAGUUGGACAAGACUGAUGAGAAAAAAUUCAAAUUUAGAAAUAUUGAACUUAUAUCAAAAUUAUCUGGUAUUUUAAAUAUUAAUAUUAAUGAUUAUACAAUUAAGUUACCCAAUGUUUAUUAUAUACCAGAAUUUGGAGUGAAUAUAGUAUUGAUAUCACAACUAACUAGUCAAAAACUUUUAAUUUUAAUUACUGAUGCAUAUCUUUAUAUUAUGGAUAAGAUAGGAAAUGUAAUACCAGUUGCAAAGAAAGAAAAUAAUUUAUAUGUUGGACCAAUAAAAGGAAACUUUCAUGAUACAAAACAUAUUGAAGAAUUAUAUUAUAUAAAUGGUGAACAAAAUGAUGAACAAGAAGAUACAGAGGAUAUUUACAAUGUAUAUUCAUUCAGAUCUGACAAUGCACCGGAAUUACCAACUGUAUUUCAAUUACAAAAAUUAGGAAUAGAAAAAGAAGUUAUAGGAGCAUAUUCACCUGAAACAAAUGGAAUUCCAGAAAGAUUUAAUAGAGUAAUAUUUAAUCAUAUAAAGAAAAUAAUCCUUACUUAUGAAAAUCAUUAUAAUUCAAUUUUAAUAUUAUUUAAUCAUAUCAUUAAUUAUGUUAAAACUAUAAUAAAUCAUACCUCAAGAUAUGGAUUGUCUAAAAGCACACCAUUUGAAUUAUUUUAUCAUGUGCAAAAUUAUAAAAUAAAUUAUCAACCAUUUGGAGUAGAUGCAUUAGUAAAAGCAUCAAAUAAUGCUGAAUUGUUAGUUUUUGGAAAACAACCUGAAAAUCUUUACCACCAGUUAAUAAAGCAACACUUAAUAAAUUAUAAUUCACCUUUUAAUCAAGUCCAAGAAAACGAUUUAGAAUUAUUGAAUACAAGAUCUACAUUACGAUCUAGUGAUUAUGAAACUGAAGCGCCUUUAGAAUCAUCAGCUGAUUUGACUCAGGUACCACCAUUAGAUGAUCGACGCCGGGAUGGGUAA